UGCCCUACAUACAAAAAAAAAAUAUAUAUAAUUCCCUAAUCGCAUAUUCUGUCUUUUUCUUGCAGGUCAAAACAUCACAAGACGUCUGUAAGGAAUAUCAAAUACCUGCAUUGAACUUUGCACAAACUGCAGAGAGAGUUUUUGAGAAAGGGCCAAAAUCACUACAAUCAUGGUCGGUUUUUGUGAGACGUACCGUUGAUGGCGGCCUCAUGACCACCUACUUUGCAGGAGCUUGUGUUUAUAUGGUAUUUAUAGCCACAUCAUUUCACGAUGUCAUCAACUAUGAUCUCGGCCUGGAUUGGGAUGUGCGCAUUUACAUUGCCAUGACUGUGAUACCUUGCCUAAUGAUUGGUCAAAUAAGAAGUUUGAAAUUGCUGGUGCCAUUUUCAACAUUGGCAAAUGGUUUCAUUGUGAUCACAUUCGGCAUAGUGUUAUACUAUAUGUUCAGCGAGCCGCUGGAAUUCUCAGAUAAGCCGCUGAUUGCGGAAACCACAAAAAUACCGCUUUUCUUCGCUACCGUAAUCUUUGCGAUGGAGGGUAUUGGUUCGGUUAUGCCUAUUGAAAAUGCAAUGAAGAAACCACAACAGUUUCUGGGUUGUCCUGGCGUGCUAAAUACAGCUAUGCUUGUUGUGGUCGCCUUGUAUGCGACUAUCGGUUUCCUCGGUUAUGCACGUUAUGGCAGUGAAGUGCGCGGCAGCAUUACCUUGAACUUGAAGGAAGGCACAAU